AAGCGGCGCUCUUCUUUCCGGCUGGUGCUCCGGGUGGAACGGCUGAGAUCCCGGCGGCAGCGGCGGCGGCAACGGGGCGAUGUUGACCUCGCGCUCCUUCCUAAAGCGCACGCGCGGCGGCGCCGUCCUCAAGAUCGUCCGCGAACACUACCUGCGCGACGACGUGGCCUGCGGGGUGCCGGGCUGCCCGCUCUGCGGCGGGGAGGCCCCCCAGCGCGGCCUCCAGGCCGCCCCCGCUUCCCCCGCCAGCCCUCUCGUCCCGCGGCCCCACUAUCUGCUGCUGGACACCAACGUGGUGCUGCACCAGAUCGACGUGCUGGAAGAUGCGGCCAUUGGGAACGCCAUCGUCCCACAGACAGUCCUGCAGGAGGUGCGGAAGCGCAGCGCAGCUGUCUACGGGCGCAUUAAGGACGCCAUUGCUGCACCCGAGAAGCACUUCUACGCCUUCACCAAUGAGCAUCACAAAGAGACCUACAUAGAACAAGAACGAGGAGAAAAUGCAAACGACCGCAACGACCGAGCCAUUCGGUUGGCAGCCAAGUGGUAUCAGGAACACUUGAGAAAAUCGCAAGGGGAAGAAAGCAUCCUGGUCAUCUUGCUCACAAACGACCGCAAAAAUAAAGAGAAAGCUGUAGAAGAGGGAAUAACCACAUUUACCUGUGAAGAGUACAUAAAGAGCCUAACAGGUCAUCCCGAGCUUAUGGAUCGGCUUGCUUGCCUGAAUGAUGAAGAGAAUGAAAUUGAAAGCAGCAAGAUCAUUUUCCUGGAGCAUCUCCCGCUCAGCAAACUGCAGCAGGGCAUUAAGUCCGGCCUUUACCUUCAGGGCACCUUCAGAGCUAACAGAGACAACUACUUGGAAGCCACAGUUUGGAUUCACGGCAAUGACCAAGAAAGAGAGGUAAUAAUACAAGGGCUUAAACACCUAAAUCGUGCUGUGCAUGAGGAUAUCGUAGCCGUGGAACUGCUGUCCAAGGACGCUUGGGCUGCUCCGUCUUCGGUGGUUCUGCUUGACGAUGAGACCAAGAAUGAGGAAGAGGAAACUGAAAAAGAAGAGGAAGAUCAAAACAAGCCGAAGACUUCAGUCAACAGGGCAAUGCUACGACCAACAGGCAAAGUUGUGGGGAUUAUCAAAAGAAACUGGAGGCCGUAUUGUGGCAUGCUGUCUAAGUCACACAUUAAAGAGGCCAGGCGGCAUCUAUUCACGCCAGCUGACCGAAGAAUUCCUCGAAUUCGGAUAGAAACCAGGCAGGCUUCUAUCCUUGAAGGGCAAAGAAUCAUUGUGGCUAUUGACGGGUGGCCUAAAACAUCCCGGUAUCCUAACGGACAUUUUGUAAAGAGUUUGGGAGCAGCUGGCGAUAAGGAGACGGAAACCGAAGUCUUGCUACUUGAACAUGAUGUUCCCCAUCAGCCCUUUUCUCAAGCGGUUCUUAGUUUUCUGCCGCAGAUGCCCUGGAGCAUCAGUGACGAGGAUAUGAAGCAGAGAGAGGACUUGAGGCAACUUUGUGUGUGCAGCGUGGAUCCUCCUGGGUGUACCGAUAUCGAUGACGCGUUGCACUGCAGGGAGCUGGAAAAUGGAAACCUGGAGGUUGGUGUGCACAUCGCAGACGUCAGCCACUUCAUCCGACCAGGAAAUGCUCUAGACCAAGAAUCGGCCAAAAGGGGCACCACUGUGUAUCUGUGUGAAAAGAGAAUUGAUAUGGUUCCCGACCUGCUGAGUUCAAACUUAUGUUCGCUGAGAGCCAAUGUGGACAGGCUUGCCUUUUCGUGUAUUUGGGAAAUGAAUCAGAAUGCUGAAAUCUUGGCGACUAGAUUUACAAAAAGUGUCAUUAAUUCCAAGGCUUCGCUUACCUAUGCGGAGGCCCAAAUGAAAAUAGAUUCUGCCACGUUGAAGGAUGACGUUACUAUGAGUCUCCGUGGGCUGAACAGGUUGGCUAAAAUCCUUAAGAAACAUCGGCGAGAAAAAGGGGCUUUAACUCUUUCUUCGCCUGAGGUUCGAUUCCACAUUGAUAGCGAAACCCACGAUCCGAUUGAUUUGCAGACGAAGGAACUCAAAGAGACUAACUCCAUGGUGGAAGAGUUUAUGCUGUUGGCUAACAUCUCCGUCGCCCAAAAGAUCAACCAAGAAUUUUCAGAGCAUGCCUUGCUGAGGAAGCAUCCGGCUCCUCCACCCUCCAAUUACGACAUCCUGGUGAAGGCUGCAAAGUCUAAGGGUUUGGAAAUCAAGACUGAUUCUGCAAAAUCCCUGGCCGACUCCCUUGACAGAGCUGAGUCUCCUUCUUUCCCCUACCUGAACACCCUCUUACGCAUCUUAGCCACCCGCUGCAUGAUGCAAGCUGUGUACUUUUGCUCUGGCAUGGACAGUGACUUUCACCAUUAUGGCUUAGCGUCGCCUAUAUAUACGCACUUCACCUCUCCAAUCAGAAGAUACGCGGAUAUUAUAGUACAUCGACUCCUGGCCGUGGCUAUCGGGGUGGACAGUACUUACCCUGACCUCACUGACAAACAUAAAUUGGCAGAUUUGUGCAAAAAUCUCAAUUUUCGGCACAAAAUGGCUCAGUAUGCUCAAAGGGCUUCCAUUGCUUUCCACACCCAGUUGUUUUUCAAAAACAAGGGUGAGGUCAGUGAAGAGGCCUACAUCCUGUUUGUCAGGAAGAAUGCCAUUGUGGUUCUAAUUCCCAAAUAUGGCUUAGAAGGCACCGUUUUCUUUGAAGAAAAGGCCAAGACAAAUGAAAGACUCGUCUUCAACGAUGAGAUUCCUUCUCUCACCGUGGAUGGCACAACUUUCUGCACCUUUGACAAGGUUAAAGUCAGAAUUGUGCUGGAUUCUUCCAACGUUCAGCAUCAGAAAAUCCGCAUGACGCUGGUGGAACCCAAGGUAGGUUCCUGGUAAUAUGAACGGUGGCCG